AUGUCGACUGUGAGCAUUGUCUCGAAUUCGUCGGUGGAAAUCGAGACGGAUUCUUCCAAUGAUGAAACUGAGAGUAAAGAUGAUGGGAGACAUGAUCAAAAAUUCAUCCUGCCCAACGAACUUUACAAGAGUCUCUUAGCCAGAGCUGUUCUUGGCAAGACGGCUCUUAAUAGGAAUCUUAAUUUCAAGGAUAACCUUGCACAUUUCAAGGACAAUCUGAACGCCCUUGGUGCCCUAAAAGAAUUGAAGGACAUCAAAGGACUCACUGUCAGCAGCGUUCCAGCAUUCCCGAGGAAUUUCGCCCUUCGCAGGGAGGACCAUGAUGAGAAGGCGUCUUUUGCAUGGUCGGAAGGUGGCGAAGAUGGCGGAGGGGGCGGAGGGGGUGGGGGUGGCACAGGAGUAGCCGGAAGUGGCGGUACCGGUGCAGGGGCCACAGGGGGUGGCGGGCUUGCCCAUUGGGUCAGUGUCAUGGCGGAACACAUUCACAAUCCUCAUUCAGCCACCGGGGUCGGUGGAGUUCAUCACCAACAACAAUCGCCUCCCCAGCCCCCAUAUCCAUGGAACAACGGUCUCUCGAGUGAUCAAUGCAACCCUCAUGACAAGGAAAGUGACUACUGGGGUGGUGGUCGAAGUGCGAAACAAGGUUACGAGCACUUUCUGUUGCAGGCCAAGAUGAACGCCGAUCACAACCAACUGCAGAAAGGAGAGGAUCAGUAUCGAGGAGCAGGCGGAAGCAGUAGCGGAAGUCCUCCUGCGAGUCUUCUCGUCGUUCCUCAGCCUCUGACUGUGAAACCCUCGCACCCCUCUCACCUGAAUCCCCACCUUGGCGGACCCCAUAAUCACCCUCCGAGAAAGUACCAGUGCAAAAUGUGCCCUCAGAUCUUCGGGAGCAAAGCUGACCUGCAGCUCCACACCCAGAUCCACAUGCGUGAGGCGAAGCCCUACAAGUGCACCCAGUGUUCCAAGGCCUUCGCGAACUCGUCGUACCUGUCUCAACACACUCGGAUCCACCUGGGCAUCAAACCGUACCGCUGCGAGAUCUGCCAACGGAAGUUCACCCAGUUGAGCCAUCUGCAGCAGCACAUCCGCACGCAUACAGGCGACAAGCCCUACAAGUGUCGACACCCUGGCUGUACGAAGGCCUUCAGCCAGUUGAGCAACCUGCAGAGCCACAGUCGCUGUCACCAGACCGACAAGCCCUACAAGUGCAACUCCUGCUACAAGUGUUUCUCCGACGAGCCAAGUCUCCUGGAGCACAUACCCAAGCACAAGGAGUCGAAACAUCUGAAAACCCACAUCUGUCAGUACUGCGGCAAAAGCUACACCCAGGAGACUUAUCUAGCCAAGCACAUGCAGAAACACGCCGAAAGAACUGACAAGAGACCACCAAUCAUCGGGACGGGUCUCAGGCCUUCGAUUCACGCAAUGGCCCAUCAUCAGGAUUACCACUGGCCCAAAGUCAGUCCCGAUUCCGUCAUCAGCGAGCUUCACGAUCGAUUGCCGCAUCACCAUCACGGGGACUAUCAUCAGAACCAGAACACGCAAGAGAUGCUUCUGCACCAGGGACACCGGGACAGUCUGGAGAAUGACUCGAGGCAGCAGACUCCCCAGCCUGGAAAUCAUCCCAACAGUAGUUCAGCCUUCACGCCAAUUUCCUCGAUUUCGAUCAACUCGAUCUCGUCGAUGCAACAUCCUCUAAAUCCACUGAAUCAUCUGCACUACCCGGGCAGUCAUCAUCCGGCCUCCAGGCCCUAUUUGUACGAGGCUUUCAAUUCCCAAAAAUCGAGUCCGGUCAGCUCUAGUGGUGUCACUCCCGGGACCACUAGUAAUCAGAACGCCACCUCGUUUCCCAAUCAGCUGAUCAGUCUUCAUCAGAUCAGGAAUUAUGCGCAUCAGCCGAAUUUGGGGAAUUUGGGGAAUCUGGGAAAUCUUGGGAAUUUGAGCAAUUUGAGCAACCUGAGUGCCAGCAUGGAGAGUCAUGCGUUGCUUGGGGGACUCAAGGAUAAGCAGUAACUCUAGCGGAAACUUUAGCACACUUUUACUAGUUUUCAAAGUCCUUUCAGGCCAGUCCAAGUGUGAAAAAAGAGUGUUUUGGUGACACAAAUCUCCAAGUCGAAGCGAUAGUGAUAUUCGUGUAGUCUUGAUGCCUGAUAAUGAAUCUAUAGUGGGAAAAGUUAAAUUAUGAAUUGAGGAUAUUAAAAAUAUCUAACAUUAGUUUGUUUUUUUAAUUGGAAAAAAUUGAAACCGGAAAAAUUGGCCACUUUCCAAAUUUGGUUUUUCAAAGAUUGUCUAUUUUUUCAGGUGCUUGUAUCUCUGCGUAUUUCAUCAACAAAAACUGGUUAAAGGUAAAAGAUGUCAGAAGAAAUAUAUAAAGGGAUACAUAUGUAUAUAGUUAAAACAGUAAAAGACAAAAGAAUCUGAAAUAUAUUUGAAUAAAGUGAUUUCCUCUUUUUACUGCAGAUGUUGUGAAUACAAAUUCUAGACUCUCUACAGCACCUGAAAAAAAAAUUUUCACCGACUUUUUCACAAGAUUGUUGAUCUUUGUAAUAUUUUUCAUGUUAUUUGAUUCAAACUUAGAAUUUUUGAGUUUUUUUUUACAGUAUUUUCGAUCAAUUAAACCAAAAUGACAAGUACUAUCGAAAAAAGAUAUUAAAAAAUGUUGCUUCUUUCACGAGAUUUUCGAAACUGACGCAUUUUUAAAACGGCCAUUCAAUUUAAACGCGAGCGCCUCACAUGAUGCGUUCGCGACAAAAACAUUGUUGCAGAUGUUGCGGAUAAAAAUUCUAAACUCUCUACAGCACCUGAAAAAAUACAUAUUUUCACAGACGUUUCACUAAAUUGUAGAUCUUUGCAACCUUUUCACGUUAUUUAAUUCAAACUUGGAAUUUUUGAGUUUCUCACAGUAUUUUCGAAAAAUAAAACCAAAAUGAUAAAUAAUAUAAAAAAAGUUUGAACAAAUGUUGCUUCAUUCACGACAUUCUUGCAGCUGACGCGUUUUGAAAACGGUAAUUCAAUUUCAACGCGAAAACCUCACAUGAUGCGUUCGCGGCAAGAAAAUAAAAUGGUUGCAGAUGUUGCGGAUAAAAAUUCUAAACUCUCUAGAGCACCUGAAAAAUUACAUAUUAUCAUAGAUUUUGAAGGAUCUACGACUAUUAUUGCUAAACUAUGAAAGUGGUCAAUUGUGUCGGCUUUUUUUACUAAACAAAUAAAUCGAUAUUGAAGUUUGAUCAAGUUUGAUCAUUGUAGAUCUUUGUAAUAUCUUUCAUUUAUAAUUCAACUUUUUCCCCCCAGAUUCACAUCUUGGUCGAAAUUGUCAAAAAAACAUGAUUUCGCAAAUUUUGUCACCACGAAACGCUUUACUGACUGGCCUAUUUUCCUUGGUCUGGUUUAGGUGAGAUCGAGUUUAGAGUUGAUUUUUUAAGAGAAUUUGUAUAAUUUGUUGAUUUGUGUUAAAUCUGGAAAGAAAACUAUUUCCGAAUGAUUUUGCAACAUGCGGGUAUGAAAAACACGGUUUUAAAACAGCUAAAAAAAUUCAAUUUCGCAUAUAUCGAAACUUCAAAUGAAAUUCGAUCGUUAUUUAAAUCUUUGAAAUUUGAUGUCCAAAAGUACUUACACUUACGAUACCAAGAAUCUCGACGAAUCUCGAAAAAAUUAAACUAAAAACAAAACCACGAUCGAGGAAAGAAUUAAAAAAGGGCGAGAUUUUUUCAAGCACACGAGGGCACAAAUCGAGUGAGAGGAAGAGUGUGUGAGAGAAAAAAACUAGGUAAUUCUGAGUAAGAAUAAAAAAAUAGUAGAUUAGGUUGAUAGUGCCACGCAGGGAGGGGAAACGCCAUGAAAGGCUGUUGCGCGCACACAUACACAAAAACACGACACAAAUAAAGAGAGUGGUAUGAAAGACCUCUUGUAUAUAACUAUUAUAUAUAUAAAUAUAUAAAUGAAUAUAUAUUAUUAAUUAUUAUUAUUAUUAAUUAUUAUUAUUAAUUAAAUAUUUGGUAGGUGUAUAAGGUAAACGAUAGACUUACGAAAAAUAUUCUAAGUACCUUGUCUAUAAUGAAGAGAGAAGGAAUGCGAGAUGUCCGGAUUUCUUUUCUUUUAUAGACCCUUUAAUAUGUGACAACGACGGAGGUGGGAGGGAUUGAAGAGGCGAAAUUUUCAUUGCAAAUGCGACUCUGCGAUUUCCUUUCUUUUUUUUUCUUUUUUUUUAAGUCGGCUCCGAUCUCGGCGAGGCCAUCUCCUUUCUCAAGUUUAUCUAUAAAUAAUUUUGGAAUUUCAAAUUUCCGAAUCGUUGUUAAGUUUGAAUACAAAAAUCCCCUUCGCUGUGCGAAUUCAUUUUUAUUAACAAUUGAGACCAAAAGGGAUUCACUGUUCUGGUGUGUUUUAUUUUUAAAAAUUUCUUCUAGUGUAAUACAGACAUUUUUCUUUUAACAAUUUUAAGACAAGGGAAAAGUUUCAGCUUUUAAUUUUUCUGCAAAGUAAAUAAAAUGUUACAUAAAUGUUAUGUAACAUUUAUAUAACAGUUAUGUAACAAAUACAUGACAGUUGCGUAGCAAUAGUUUUAACAUUUGGACAAAAUUUUGAUUUCUUAACUACUGCUAUUAUUGAC